AUGGCUGACGAAGAGAAGCCCAGAAACCGCAAGGAGCGGCGGGCGGCCGCGAAAGAAACUGGCAAGCCUGUCGAAGCACCCACGAAGAUGCCCAAACUUAAGAUGGCCAAGCCUGAUUACGAUGCUCGUCCAGCCAAAGGCACAACUUUACUUGACUUGUACGAACAGAAGAAGGAGCUUCUGGAAAAGGGCCAGCCUUUCGACAAUAAGUACUCCGAUGGCGUCCCGCGAGGUGAAAGUGGCAACAUCCUUGAUGUCGGGCUAGGAGACAACGAACCUAUCGGGCCUGUUGGAAAUGCCUUCUUCUGGUCGGUCUGCUUGAGUAUGCUGCAUUUCACUCUGGACGUCAUGACAUACAACCAAUACGCACAAGACAUCAUAUGGCCUGCCAUAUUCCGACGGUCCGGUACCAUCUUGCCUAUUCUCUUCAUCGCUAUUUUGAUGAUGAAGUCGGAUCUGGCGUACAAGCUGGGCGUGGUCAGGCAGCUCCUGUUUCUUGUCGCAGCAGUGGGGGCAGGAUGCUAUUUGAUUCAUGUGGGCAAUUCCUACGGCUACUUUGCGGUAAUGAAACAGGCUCCACCACUUGGCACAUUCUGGAUCUACAGCGUCGUCGAGCUGGACAAGUGGUAUGCUGUUGCCAGCCUGGGACUGAAUUUUGCAUUUCUGCUAUGGAACGGCUAUACGUUCUUCUGA